AUGAAUGAGCGCCCCGAAGAAUCCAGUCAGAAGCGUCCUCCACCUCUGAUAAUCAAGUUGAUGGCGGUUCUUUUGAUCUCUUGCAUAAGUUUUGGAUCUCACUGGUAUUCGAGCGUGACUAGUGCCAUGAAAACUACACUUAAGAAGGAAUUGCACAUCACAAAUACGCAAUUCUCCCUGUUAGAGGCAAGUGAGGAUUUUAUGGCGACUGUGUUACUUCCAUUUAGUGGCAUCGUCACGGACCGGUUUGGAGGUGCUCAAAUGAUUGUCUAUGGGAAUAUAAUCUACACUAUCGGGUCAAUCCUUGCCGCUGCUGCUGCCACUGUGCGAUCAUAUCGAUUCAUGAUCGGCGGCCGAGUUAUCCUGGCUUUCGGAGAUAUCGCAACCCAGAUUGCACAGUAUAAGAUGUUUUCCUCGUGGUUUCCACCAAGCAACGGGUUUGCAUCCACUCUAGGCUUGGAACUUGCUAUUGGAAAACUUGGCGGAUUCGCAGGCAAAGCAACAGCAAACAUUAUUGCAAAGAGAACGGGGAACUUCGCUUGGACCUUUUGGGUAGCAGUUUUCAUGAACCUUUUCACCAAUGCAGCUACUGGCGCUUUCUGGUGUUUCAGUAGCUACUGCAACAAGCAUUACAUGGGACGACGUGACCGUGCCACCAACGAGACAUUGACGGAAAAGAACCGAAAGUUUGAAUUUAAAAAAGUCUUCCAAUUGCCCUGGAUGUUCUGGGUGGUACUUUCCUUCUCGCUCUUUCAAACUAGCUCUGCUGUGGUCUUUAGUCAGAAUUCGACUGAGCUUGCUAAGAAAAGAUUCGAUGUUAGCGAUAUAACUGCAGGAUGGUAUAGUGCCCUCGGUGAUUAUGCUGGCUUCUUCCUCGUUCCAUGUCUGGGAAUAUUUCUGGAUGUCUUUGGCAACCGGGCCACAGUCAUGUGUAUUUGUGGGAUUGGAAUGCUUCUUUGUAUGUGUCUGGUCAACUUUGCCUCGACGGCUAAAGGGACUGGUGCUGCAUUCGGAAUCUAUGCCGUAGCAGUAUCUCUGGGACCAACCUCUAUCAUUGAUAGCAUCCGGACGGUGCUGUGGCACCAAACCGUGUUUGGUUCUGCGUAUUCACUAAAGGUCACCAUGAACAAUGCUAUGAACGUCAUCGUGCGAAUAAUUACCGGGGCACUGCAAGAUGCAGACAAUGACUCCUAUCGUCGAGCUGUGCGAGUAUAUCUUUUUCUUGCUGCUGCCGCGGUUGCAGUCGGAUGUGCACUCUUUGUCGGUUCCUUCUUUACCAACACACUGGCCCAGCUGCAGUGGACGCGGCAGUAUCGUCUGCGAAAUGGCGGAGAAAUCAUUAGUUCCAUGAAGCACAAUCAUCUUAUUGUUAAUGCAACACGUAACAAACGAGUCUCGCUUGGUUGUUUCUGUGCUCUUGUUUUGCUGACUGUUGGGAGUUGGUCUGCCUAUAUCUGGGGAGCUGUGACAGGCCACAACUCAAAUUAG